UUCAUUUAUUUCGAUGAUAACAAUUUACAAUACCCAAGUGUUUCGUCAUAAGCAAUGAUUUUUUAUAGGUUCAUUUAUUUCACGCCUUUGUAAUUGAUCAUCGCGAUUCAAUUUUUUUUCGAUUAGUACUUUGGCAUCUCUGUCCAUUUUUAUGUUCAAGGUUGAAUAAACCAAAGGACUUGGGGCAACUAAUCAGUAUAAACUUGCGUCCAAUCUUUCAUAAACAGUUCAUAUCAAAGACGCUAUUUUAAAGUAGAUUCGUUUCAGCUUUAGUACACGAUCGAUGCAGAAAUGUAUCAUUCAGUUUUUUUAUUAAAAAUCAGUGUAUGAUGGAGCAGCAGACAAUAUUUAUCACUCGUUAAAUGAAAGAUUUAACCAUAAUUAGAACCUGUUUAAAAAGUCAGAAUAAAAAGCAAGCAAAAAAUGAAGGUUGGUUUAUGGAAUUUUCAUCUUGAAAUCACAUGACGAACACCCCAAUACGUAUUCCUGGCUGAAGUACCUUCAUUUUCUUGAAUUUCUUCCAAAUGAAGAUCAGUUAUUGUAAAAAUUUAUUGUUGAGAAAUCUAUACUUCAAACUCUUCAAAAACAAUAAAUAUAGCUUUUGUUUGGUCCAAAUUGAAAUUCAUAACAAACAUGUCAAAAGGAUUAACUAUGGAAUCGCUGCAUGAAUAUAUAUUAGCAGCGAUUAAUGAUAUCAUUAUUUGGUGGGCUUGGUAUCUAGCCGAGAUAUCAUUUCAAUUGAUUAUUUCAGUAAUUUCUUAUAUUAUAGUAUGUGUCUUUCUAUAUUUUCUUUUAAAAAAAGUGGAUUCUACUGCAUGGCAAUUACCAGGUCCACCAAAUAGAUUAUUGCUAGUCACAGCUCAUCCAGAUGAUGAAGUUAUGUUUUUUGGUCCAAUGAUUUAUUGGAUUGUACAAAAAAACAAAAGUAAUAUACAUCUUCUUUGUCUAUCUCAAGGUGGAUGUAAAAAAAGAAAAGAAGAAUUAUUCGAAAGUGCAAAACGUCUUGGUAUUCCUGCAGCAAAUGUUACCAUUAUGACGUGUACAGAAUUACCUGAUCAUCCAAAAAUCCAAUGGCCUGAAGAAGUGAUAGCGGAGAAUGUUCUUCAGUUCAUAGAAAUGUAUAAAAUGGACGCUGUAGUUACUUUCGAUAAGCAUGGUGUGAGUAGGCACAAGAAUCACAUUUCUUUAUUUUAUGCAAUAGCAUCUCUAUGCAUAGAGAAAAAAGUACCUACAUAUUGUAAAUUAUAUACCCUGGAAUCUGUAAAUAUUUUUCGAAAGUAUACUCUAAUAUUUGAUUUACCAAUCAGUUUGUUAUCUGCACCUUAUUGGUACUUAAUUUCAUAUCAACAGCGAUAUUACAUAAAAAAUGCCAUGAGAGCUCACUCUUCGCAGUAUGUGUGGUUUCGCCAAUUGUACAUGAUUUUUUCUCGUUAUACAUUGAUAAAUACCCUCCAUGAAGUCAAUUUACUUGAUCUUGAACUGGAUCUCCAAUUUGAUGAUGACGAUGACUGAAUUUAUAUAGAUAUUUUAUGAAU